AUGGUAGUCGUGGUGGGGAGUGCCAAGGAGUGGGGAGUCCGAUCAAGAUCGAGGCGGGGUGAACAAGGGGAUAGAUGGGAAGCGUUGUUCAAGCUUGCGGAUCUUGCUGCUUUGGGCUACCUGCAGCUGUUGACUGAAACUAUGGGAAUCAGAUGCAACAAGUUACGCCUGAAGGGUAGUGAGUUCGUCAGGGAGCUGUGUGGCGGCAGUGGCGAGGACCUCGUUUUCUGUGAGGGCGUCCUGUAA